AUGGCGGCUACUCCACUAAUCCCACACCUCCAGCCCUCAGCUUGCCUGUGGCCCUGGUCCAUGUCGUGCGCAUCCCUGGAGUGUCAGGCGGUGGCACAGGCCAGAUCUGCAGCCCGGCGUCCCGAUCCGGCGAGGACGGGGCGUAUCUGGGAUGCGCGGGUAGCGGCCUUCCCGCAUGGUGAGUGCGUCAGACUGAGGCCCGUGAAGACACAAAUUGCUCGAAUAGGCCAAUGCUCUUCCUUGGAUGUUGGAUGGAUCGUCCUAGCUGUAGAGGAUGUGGCGGCAGUGUCCAUCGUCGGUGGUCUGCUGGCAUCAAGCACUACGAGCAGCGGGAAACCUCGGUUGUAG